UUUCACAGAUCAAAGGUUGAGGGAGUUGGCCAAACGUGUUCGUAUCAUGUGAUAAGAACAUUGAUCUCAGUGAGAGAGCGUACAGAGUUUCACUAUGGCUUAUGUGCUAUGAAUGACGAUGUCAAGGUCGUAAUUCUGGAGUACAUUGACUUGGCCAUGCUCUCAUACGAGAACAUAGUUAAACCAAAUUCCAGUAAGUUUCUUAUUUUCAUUUUUUGGGCCUGGAUGACAAAGCACCAAAUUAUUGCUCGCUGGAGCGACUAUUUUGAGGUGGUGGUGUCGUUGGAGCGGUUUGAUGCGAAUGGAAAUAAAAGAAAGGAGGUGCACUUUAUGGAGGGGUUAAUGUCUGUUGGGUAUGGGCCUGGACAGAUCGUUCGACUUGACAACGCCAUUAAGCAACCAGUGAUUAACCCCUUCAAGGGCAAGUAUUUGCUAGAAUCUGUGAUAUUCUCGGGUUUUCGAGCGACUUUGUUUUCCCUAGAUUUGGAUGAUAUUUUGUUGACAGGACUCAAGAUUACA